AUGGAGAAAGAGGAGAUCAUCACCGAAGUGAGCACAGAUCAUGCGGUCCUUCCUGCAGAUGUGCGAGAUGCUACAUACAACCUCUCUCUGCGCGCAGUAAACCCAGUGGAUAUCGACGUCCGCAAUUUAUCCCUCCAAGUCAACACCACACCAAUAUGGGAGACCUCACCAUCAAAGAUCUGGCAGCGUCUGAGAGGUCAAGCCCCCGCACGCACAUCCAAGGCAGUGUUGGACAAUGUAUCUGCCUCCAUGCCAAGCGGAAGCUUAACCGCCAUAAUCGGAAGCAGCGGAUCGGGCAAGACCUCCCUGCUCAACCUAAUGGCUAGCCGAAUGAGCCUUUCCCGAACUAAUACAUCCGGAAGUACAACCUUCAACGACAACCCUGAUAUCACGCGCAUCCGCAGCGCCUAUGUUAUGCAAGAGGAUGUCCUCAUUCCAACUCUGACAGUUCGUGAGACCCUGCGCUAUUCUGCAGACCUGCGUCUUCCUCCACCAACAAUUCCGACUGAGCGCCGCGAGAUUGUGGAACAGGUCAUUCUCGAACUCGGGUUGAAAGAGUGCGCUGAUACCCGUAUCGGCACAACUGCUCACAAGGGCUGCAGUGGUGGCGAGAAAAGACGUACUAGCAUCGGCGUGCAGCUACUGGCGAAUCCGUCUGUGUUGUUUUGCGAUGAACCUACGACGGGGUUGGAUGCUACCAGUGCGUUUCAGAUUAUCAGGACUUUGAAGCGUCUUGCGCUGGAUGGGCGAACGGUUGUUGUCUCAAUCCAUGCGCCGCGCUCGGAGAUCUGGAGCCUUUUUGAUAAUGUCGUUUUAUUGGCUCGAGGGGCAGCAUUGUAUAGUGGCUCCGUGGAAGGGUCGCUGGCGCAUUUCGAGGAGUGUGGUCAUGUUCUUCCACCGUUCGUCAAUCCAGCUGAGUUUUUGAUCGAUCUUGCUGCUAUUGAUAAUCGAUCGGAGACGCUUGAGGCUGCUUCGAAGGUUCGUGUUGAGCGAUUGAGGGAGGCGUGGCGAACGAAGAAGGCCGUGAUCACACAUACGGAGAGGAAGAACCAGAGCGAAGAGGCAAUCUCGAAGCAUAAGAUCGAUAGCCCUGAGACUAGAGCUGUGAAGCCGGUCUCGUUUCGUCGACAGUUCCACGUUUUGACAGCUCGCACUUUUAAGACUACUAUUCGUGAUCCAAUGGGUGUCGCUGGUAGUCUUCUGGAAGCUGUUGGAAUGGGUGUCAUCAAUGGGUGGAUCUUCUUGCAGCUCGACGAGAGCCAGGCAGGAAUACGCUCGCGUGAGGGUAGUCUGUACAUUGCUAGCAGCUUGAAUGGCUAUCUCAUUCUGUUGUAUGAGACUUAUCGGCUGACAAUCGACAUUCAAUUGUUCGAUCGUGAGCGCAACGAAGGCGUGGUUAGCGUACCGGCUUUCCUUUUUAGCCGACGAGCAGCUCGGUUGCCAUUAGAGGAUCUUCCUGUGCCGUUGAUCUUCUCUCUCAUAUUCUACUUCAUGGUGGGGUACCGUCUUGAUGCGGCGCAGUUCUUUGUCUUCUUCGUUCUUACCUUGCUCACUCACUACAUUGCCGUCACAUUCGCCGCAGUAGCUGUUGGUGUUGCGCGAAGUUUCCCUGGAGCCAGUCUGGUAACCAACCUGUCCUUCACGUUGCAAUCGUUUGCGUGCGGGUACUUCGUCCAGGCAAACCAGAUCCCAGUCUACGUGAAGUGGUUAAAGUGGUGUGCUUAUAGCUUCUACACAUUUGGUGCCCUAUGUGCAAACGAAUUCAUCGGUGUCAAUGGCCCAGAGCUGGGCCAGUUCUAUGACUGUCCAUAUUCCAACGAUCCACGGGACCCAGCUUGCAAACAGUACACCGGCCGCUACAUAAUGGAGAGCUUGGGGAUGCCAUCCAACUGGAUCUGGCGGCCUAUUGUGGUGCUCGUCGCGUUUGUUGUUGGCCAUUAUACCUUGGCUGGACUGUUGCUACAAUACAACCGAUUUGCCAUAGAUGUUGCCCAAGCGCGGAAAACUGAGGGUGACCCGUCCAGCAAAAAGGCUAAGCUCGCAAUUCGCCCAGCAGACGAGGUGCGCAGGGUGGCGCUAUCGCUUGAUCAAUAUGCGCUAGAUAUCCAAAAGAGACAAUAUCCCUGGCAAAAAGCAAAGAUACUCCAGAUCCUCAAGCCCAUCACCACUGAGUUUCGGUCAGGAGAGUUGAAUGUCAUUAUGGGCCCGUCUGGAAGCGGCAAGACAUCGCUGCUGAAUUCAAUAGCCCACAGACUACAUGGUUCCGCAGGGACAAAAUACCGUGUUUAUGGUGAAAUGCUAUACAACGGAGCCAUACCCUCAAAGAGCGUCAUUCGAUCUGUGACAUCCUUCGUAACUCAAGACGACGAUGCACUGAUGCCUUCCUUAACAGUACGGGAGAGUCUACGAUUUGCUGCAGGCUUACGUCUGCCAAUCUGGAUGUCCCGCGAGGAUAAGAACCGACGUGCAGAGGAGAUUCUGUACAAAAUGGGUCUAAAGGAAUGCGCCGACAAUCUUAUCGGCAGUAAUCUGAUCAAAGGUAUCAGCGGCGGCGAGAAGCGGCGCGUCACAAUCGCAAUUCAAAUUCUCACAGACCCAAAAGUCCUCCUUCUCGACGAACCAACCUCGGGGCUUGACGCCUUCACGGCAAUGUCCAUAAUAGAGCUCCUCCACAGCCUCGCCGCCGAAGGCCGCACUCUUAUUCUUACUCUCCAUCAAUCUCGCUCAGAUCUCUUUACCCAUUUCUCUCAAGUCCUCCUCCUAGCCCGUGGCGGCUAUCCCGUCUACGCAGGUCCGGGGUCACACAUGCUCGCGCACUUUGCCGAACAAGGCCACGAAUGUCCGCGUACAACCAACCCAGCAGACUUUGUCCUAGAUCUCAUCACGAUAGAUCUGCAACAAGCAGACCGAGAACUUUUCACACGCGAGCGUGUGCAGAACCUUAUUUCCCACUGGCAGAACAGUCCUCUCGAGAUGGGACUAGGCCGCCAGACAUCGCAAAUCGCAACACCCGCAGAGCUGGGUAGCCUCAAGCGACAGAUGCUGCCGUUUCGCGUAACAUUUCCCCUAGUAUUACAUCGCUCAGUGAUAAAUUUCUGGCGACAGCCUCCGCUGGUCAUGGCACGGACAGCACAGAUUCCGGGAAUAGCGAUAAUCAUGGCUCUGUUCUUUGCGCCACUGAAGAAUGAUUACGCUGCUGUGCAAUCACGUAUGGGGUUCGUGCAGGAAUUUGCGGCGUUAUAUUUUGUGGGCAUGCUCCAAAACAUCGCAACCUACCCUAGCGAACGCGACGUCUUCUAUCGCGAAGAAGCAGACAGCUGCUAUACAGCCUUGACAUUCAUCCUUAGCUACACGGCAAUCGAAGUCCCAUUUGAGAUAAUCACAUCGCUCAUAUUCGGCGCACUCGCCGCCUUCGCAGACAACAUGAAACGCACGGUACCGAUGUUCCUCAUCGCCGCAUACAACUGCUUCUGCAUAAUCAGCUGCGGCGAGUCCGUGGGGAUAGUAUUCUGCACGCUCUUCUCGCACGUUGGCUUCGCCGUCAAUGUGACUUCCAUCCUACUAUCCAUCUCCAACAUCCUCGGUGGUAUCAUGAGUCUUAACGUCAAUAAUGUACUGCAGGGAUUCAACCAUCUCUCGCCGAUCAAGUACGCCAUUGCUAAUCUCGCGCCGUAUUCGCUGCAAGGCCAGGUAUUCCAUUGCUCAGAGGCGCAGAGCCUUGCGAAUGGAAGCUGUCCUAUUGAUUCCGGUGAGCAGGUGCUUAAGCUUUACAAUUUGGAUAAGAAUGGGCCGAUGAAUAUUAUGGCGUUGGGAAUUUGUACGAUUAUCUAUCGGUUUAUUGCAUAUGCGUUUCUUCAGGCUAUGAGGUCGCAUAGAUUGAUGGAACGGUGGAGAGAGUGGCGGGCUCAGAGGAGUGCUAGAUAG